UUUUUCAUUCUGCUAUUCUUUUAAUAAUCACUUGUUUUUUGUAAAUUUUUUAAUAAUCACUACUUAGAGCUUAAAUGAUAUCAAUGGAAUUUCACAAGAACUGGUAUAGGAUGGAAUACGUUUUUUAAUACGUUCCUAUUAAGGAGAGGAAAUUUCAUUUUAGGUGUUGUUUUGAUUAGAUGAAAGAAUCUUGAAGGUUUGAAAUAUUAUUCACAAGUUUAAAGAAAUUCUUCUUCUUCUUUUUUGAAACUAAUAAAGAAAACUCUUAAGGCAAAAGACAUUCUCUCUUAAUUCGUCUAAAAGUUCUUGAUUAUGCUAUUUUCAAGUGAGAGCUAAUUCAAAUAGUUGAUAUGCGUCUGUCGAGAACAUGCCUUACUGCUGUUAGCUAGCAAUUCGAUAUUUUCUAAACAAAACAUGUUGAAAUUAAUUAAAUAGCAAUGUCACUAAUGUCGACAUUAAUUCUCUUUUAUUGAGAUAUGCUUCAAGUUUCCCUUAUAUAAGGAUAACAAGAAAUAUGCUAUCACAUUCAAGAACGCAAAAAUGAGAAAGACUCAAAGUCCUUUCAUUUUCUCUGUCACCAUCGCCAUCUUCCUCCUCCUCUCCACCUCCCACUUCCCCGUAGCUCUAUCUCAAUCCCAAAAUGAUUGUAAACCUGUAUCCAACAAUACAUGUAUCGACAAAAACAAAGCAUUAGAUCUCAAACUUAUAGCAAUCUUCAGCAUCCUUAUCACUAGCCUUAUCGGCGUUUGCCUUCCCUUCUUCGCCCGGUCCGUUCCCGCUUUUCAGCCCGAGAAAUCUCACUUCCUCAUCGUCAAAUCAUUCGCCUCUGGAAUCAUCCUCUCCACUGGUUUUAUGCAUGUCUUGCCUGAUUCUUUUGAUAUGCUCUCGUCUCCUUGUCUUGGCGAUAACCCCUGGCACAAGUUUCCUUUCACUGGCUUCGUCGCUAUGAUCUCCGCCAUAUUCACACUCAUGGUUGACUCUAUCACCACUAGUGUUUUCACCAAGUCUGGCAGGAAGGACUUGCGCCCUGAGGUGACGUCAGCUGAGACUCCUGACCAAGAGAUAGGGCACGUGCAGGUUCACGCACCCCAUCAUAGCCACGGUCAUGGUCUUCAUCAUGACGUUCAUGGAGACAAUGAUAAGGAGCUUGGUUCUUCCUUACAGCUUCUGCGAUAUAGAGUUAUUGCCAUUGUACUGGAGCUAGGAAUAGUGGUGCACUCGAUAGUGAUAGGACUCUCUGUAGGAGCCACUAACAAUACUUGCACCAUCAAAGGCCUCGUCGCUGCUCUUUGUUUCCACCAAAUGUUCGAAGGCAUGGGUCUCGGUGGCUGCAUCCUCCAGGCAGAAUACGGGUGGGUGAAAAAAGGGGUGAUGGCUUUCUUUUUCGCGGUGACAACACCUUUUGGAGUGGCUCUAGGGAUGGCAUUAUCUAAAACGUACAAAGAGAAUAGCCCUGACUCGCUCAUUACCGUUGGACUUCUCAACGCUUCCUCGGCUGGACUACUCAUCUACAUGGCUCUAGUCGACCUUCUCGCUGCCGAUUUUAUGGGACAGAAGAUGCAACGGAGCAUCAAGCUUCAAUUAAAGUCUUAUGCCGCUGUUUUGCUUGGUGCCGGUGGCAUGGCCGUCAUGGCUAAGUGGGCUUGAUCUACAUCAUUAAUUAUGGACUCAUAGCAUAUAUAGUUAAUGUAACCAAAAUGAUCAUACUAUCCAAGUUAUGUGAUCAGUUGAUCAAAAAUUUGUUAAAUUAUGAUGGAUUAAAUAUUGACUGAUGCAGAUGAUAUAUAUAAAUAAAUUU